AUGAAGCGAGAGUGGUUGCAAUUGAUAAUUUACGCUAUAAUGAAACGAUGCCCGCACUUGUAUGGGCAAGUGAACCCGUUCUCUAUGGGUUCUCCUCCGGCUCCUGACCCUCCAUCUGCACAGACGGCGUUCUCGCCCAACGCGUUUCCUACCCAGGCGUUCCCCAAACCAGGAGGCCCCGGAGGAACCUGGGUGUCGAGCGAUAAUUAUUCAAAGGGUACUAAUGGUACCUCAGACUUUACCCCCCGCAAUACCCCCCACAGUACCCACAAUACCUCCCCCAAUACAAACGGUGGCUCAAACGGUCCGCUCGGCGAAAUACCAGGAAAUGCCUCUUUGGAUAAGGUGGUUAUGGAUAAAGCCAGGAAUUUAGAUAAAAUUAAAAGUUUGAAUGCGGCAAGAAGUCUGGAUGGAGCAGACGUGGAUGGUCGACCUUGGACGGGCAAGGCUGCGCCAGCCGGUUCUGGUGCAGAUCCACUUAAUUGCCCGGCGGUCGGAGGCUUCGAAGACCCGAAGCUGGAACAGUGUCCGUGGGCAGUGGAUCGCUCGGUAAUGAGCGCACAACGUCCUGGCGGGACGCCGUCCGAAGGCGGCUUUCCGGCAUAUAACGCAGGCGACUUUCUGCGAUCUGUUAGUGGGACUAGCAGCCACGCAGAAGUCACCGGCAACCCUGACACCGGCAACGUGGUCCCCGGCCGCGGGGGUGCAGGGAGCCCAAAGGGCGUCCCGGGCGGCGGGAACUUGAUAUGUACUAACGGCAGCGCAAACGGGAGCGCAAAUGGCAGCGCACAUGGAAGCCCAAACGGGAGUGCAAACGCGGAUGGAGCAGGACCGCGAUCAAUUUCGGCGGAAGAAGAUAUCUGGUGCCCGUUCGAGGAGGAAGAACAGACCCGAGAGUGGCUGUUCAGUGGCCUCUGGAACCAACUAGGCAGCGUAGUGGGCGAAGACCCGCGGUCACAGAUGAAGGACGUGCUCCAGCUGAUCUUGUCUGAAGUCUGUCCGAUCUCGCAGUGGGGUCCCAUCAUGUUGACCAAGCUGCGCCUACGGCAGGAAUUGGACAAUAGCCAAUGGCGUCAAAACGCAGCCCAAUAUCUCGACGCCUACGCCAACGGGCCCUGUGCGGGCCCGUGUCUGCCAACCGCCGCCGCUAUCGGCGGCGCAUCCUACCUAGGCGCAGUUCCAGGAGGUGUCCCAGUUGGAGGAGGCGGUGGAAUUCCAGGAGGCGGUGGAAUUCCCGGAGCCGGAGGAUGUCCAGGAGUGUCGGUGGGAGUCGGGAGUGACGUAGUGGGCGAGAUGGUGGGGUUCGAACAGACGGCACGGUUCGAGCCUGGCUACCUCGAGGCGGCUCCUCUGUUUUCGGCGCGGACGCCGGGGAACUACGCCGUGACGGGUGGGGGUUCACCUCCACAGGGCGCGGCGGCAGGUGACAGUUUCCGGAGCAGCGGGCCCGUA